AUAAAUUCGAUUCACCAAACCUUAACCCUCUCAUCUACUUCACUGCCCUCUCCUUCAACGUAACUCUUUCCUAUGUAAUCCACUCUGUCUAGAUCUUCCAUCUUCAAUUCAUCAUCAUCGUCAUCGAGAUUCCACCGGAGAUCCGAUCCGCCAUGCAUGCAUCACCUCCUCCUCCGCUUGGUCUAUAGUAAUGGCGGAAACCCCUGGCGGCGCCGCCCACCUGCAAACCUUGCUGCAAACUGCAGUUCAAUCUGUUCACUGGACUUACAGUCUUUUCUGGAAUCUUUGUCCACACAAUGGGAUGUUGGUGUGGAGCGAUGGGUAUUAUAACGGAGCGAUAAAGACGAGGAAGACGGUGCAAGGGACGGAGGUUAGUGCGGAAGAGGCUUCCCUCCAUAGAAGUCAGCAGAUUAAGGAGCUGUACGAGUCCCUCUCCGCCACCGCCGAAGAAUCAAACGGCGGCGGCGGCCAGCAGCCGGCACGACGCCCCUCCGCCGCCUUGUCGCCGGAGGACUUGACGGAGUCCGAGUGGUUCUACCUCAUGUGCAUCUCCUUCUCUUUUCCAUCUGCCGUCGGGUUACCAGGCAAGGCCUAUGCAAAACGGCAGCAUAUAUGGCUCACCGGUGCAAAUGAGGUCGAAAGCAAAGUCUUUUCCCGAGCAAUUCUCGCUAAGAGUGCUCGAAUACAGACUGUCGUUUGCAUUCCUCUAAUGGAUGGCGUGGUUGAACUGGGAACAACGGAAAGGGUUAAAGAAGACUAUGAAUUCAUCCAACAUAUCAAGAACCAUUUUAUGGAGCCCCAACACCAUCAUAAUCAUCCAAAGCCUGCAUUAUCUGAGCACUCCUCAUCGGAGCCGCCGUCUCAACAAUUACAUUCCCCGGCCAUGGCUUCCGGCCACCACCACCACCACCACCGUCAAGUCCGAGCCGAAGAGGAAGACGAGGAGGAAGAGGAAGACGAGGAGGAGGAGGAGGAGGAGGAGGAAGACGAGGAAGAAGAAGAAGAUGAAGAAGAAGAGUUGGAGUCGGAUGCUGACGUCGGCCCUAAGAACCACCAAACCGGCGACCAUGUUAUGGCGGCGGCGGAGGAGGAGGAGGAGCAGAACAUUAACGCUGUGGUGGCGGAAACGAACGUGGGGGCUAGCGAGCUGAUGCAGUUUGACAUGUCGGAGAGUAUUCGGGUGGGAACGCCGCCCGACGAUGCCUCCACCGACUUGGAUUCAGAUUUUCAUCUUCUUCCCCAAAUGCAAAACCCUACUUUCUUAUCUCAUCAUCAAGGAGCCCCUAUGUUGGAGGAAUUUCCACGAGAGGACACGCAUUACUCCGAAACAAUAUCGAGCAUCCUCCGACAUCAAUGUGGCCAGUGGUCCGACUUCUCAACCACCGUUGCCGCCGCAGACUACGUGGUCCACUCCGCCAGCUCCGCCUUCUCACGGUGGACCACCGCCGCCAGCUCCACCUGUUCCAGCCACCGCUCCGCCCAGUGGGUCCUCAAAUACACCCUUCUCACCGUCCCGUUUCUCCACGCAAAGAACUCUCACUGCGGCGGCGGCGCUGAUACUAUUCCGUCGUCUAAGCUCUGCAAGGCCGCACCCCAAGAAGAGCCCAACGUCAAUCACGUCCUGGCGGAGCGCCGCCGCCGGGAGAAGCUCAACGAGCGGUUCAUUAUCCUCAGGUCGCUCGUGCCUUUCGUGACGAAAAUGGACAAGGCCUCCAUUCUCGGCGACACCAUUGAGUACGUCAAGCAGUUGCGCCGGAGAAUCCAGGAGCUGGAGGCGCCGACGGAGGUUGACCGGCAGUCGAUUACCGGCGGGGUUACACGAAAGAAUCCACCCCAGAAAAGUGGGGCCUCCAGAACUCAGAUGGGUCCCAGGCUGAAUAAGAGGGGGACGAGGACGGCAGAGAGAGGCGGCCGGCCGGAGAAUAACACGGAGGAGGACGCGGUGGUUCAAGUGGAAGUUUCUAUCAUCGAGAGCGAUGCACUGGUGGAGCUGCGAUGCACUUACAGGCAGGGCUUAAUCUUGGAUGUCAUGCAGAUGCUUAAAGAGCUUGGACUUGAAAUCACCACCGUCCAAUCUUCUGUUAACGGUGGGAUCUUUUGUGCUGAAUUGAGAGCUAAGCUAAAAGAAAAUAUGAAAGGCAGGAAAGCAACAAUCAUGGAAGUGAAAAAGGCAAUUCAUAGUAUAAUUCCUCAGUUUUAGCUAUGGAGAAAUAUUCAUACAUGCAUCUGCUGCAAGGUAGCCACUAGUAGUCUAGUCGUGUAAACUCUUGUUGUCACUGUAAAUUUAUAAUACUGCUGUUAUUGUUACAAUGGAAUGGAUUACACAAAAAAUGAUCCAGUUGAUAAUAUCA